AUGGUUGUGAAUAAGGUUCUUGUUUUGGUGCUUCUUGGUGCAUUUGUUUGCAGCAUUGAUGCUAGGAAGUUAAUUGCGAACAAAGGAGGUGGUGUUAACGAGCAGAAAACUUUCUUCAACAUGAGAGGUUAUUGGUUUGGCGGUGGAGGUGCCGGUUUAGGUGGUGCACCAGGAGUUGGAAGUUAUGGAGGAGGGGGUCUUGGUGGUGACGGUGGAGGAGGAGGAGGAUUUGGUGGCGGUGGAGGUGGUGGGGGUGGGCUAGGUGGUGGUUCUGGUUUUGGAGGAGGAGCUGGAGGUGGGUUUGGGUCUGGAGUAGGAGGGUUUGGUGGUGGAGGUGCCGGUUUAGGUGGAGGAGGUGGAGGAGGAGGAUUUGGUGGCGGAGGAGGGGAUGGGCUAGGUGGUGGUUCUGGUUUUGGAGGAGGAGCUGGAGGUGGGUUUGGGUCUGGAGUAGGAGGGCUUGGUGGUGGUGGUGGUGGUGGUGGUGGUGGAGGCGGUGGAGGCGGUGGCAGUCUCCCUGGUGGUGGUGGUGGUGGUGCUGGUGCAGGGGGAGGGCUUGGUGGUGGUGGUGGUGGUGGUGGUGGUGGAGGCGGUGGAGGCGGUGGCAGUCUCCCUGGUGGUGGUGGUGUUGGUGCUGGUGCAGGGGGUGGUGCUGGUGCCGGUGGAGGUUUCGGAGGAGGAUCACCCUGAAUUCAAAAUCUGUUUCCUCCUGUAUGCUGGUUAAGUUUUUUUAACUUUGUGUAUGAAUUAUGCUUGCAAGAAGCUCCUGUACUUAAUUAAUAAUGAAAUUAGUUGGGUAUGCACAAUCUGGUGCGAUACCUCUAGUCCCCAAAUAACAAAAAGAUAUAUACAAAUAUUGUUGUAAACUCACGUACUGACCGAGGCAGGACUGGAUUUUCAUGGGUCAUCAUCAACCAUGAUUCUUUGGUAAGUUUAAUCAGAAUUUAAUUACUUCAAAUUAACCAUUGAUAUGGAUGCAUGGUAGCCCCCGGGAAGAUUUCCCCAUUGUAUUUGUACGUAAACAA